GUCUGAGCCUAGCCUUGGGUUGAAGAGGAUUGUAUUUGGGAGCUCAAAGGGAAAAAAAAAAGGGGGGGGGAAACCCCAGAGAGGGAGGGGUAAAUCAUAUAUGUAGAUAGAGGUUUCCAGGCUCGGUUUGGGGGGCAUUAGUCCUUUUUUUUUUUUUCUUUUCUCGGUGUUUUUUUUUUUUUUUUUUUUUUGAUGGAUAGACUUCGAAAUAUCUCAAGCUGUUCUCCUGUGUCCAACACGGCCCUUUGCAGAUCUCCUUGAUAUUUUUUUUCCCCUCCAAUUAUUAGCACUAUCACCAUUAUUUUCUUUUUAGCUAUUACAAGACUUUUUUUAUUUCCAGAUGUUAGUCCACACCUAUUCCGCCAUGGACCGGCAUGAUGGAGUGCCCAGCCACAGUUCCAGGCUGUCCCAGCUGGGAUCCGUCUCCCAGGGACCCUACUCCAGCGCUCCUCCACUCUCUCACACCCCAUCCUCGGAUUUCCAGCCGCCUUACUUCCCACCCCCCUACCAGCCUCUUCCUUACCACCAAAGCCAGGACCCUUACUCCCAUGUCAAUGACCCCUACUCCCUAAACCCUCUGCAUCAACCCCAGCAACAUCCCUGGGGCCAGAGGCAGAGGCAAGAGGUGGGAUCGGAGACCGGGUCACUGCUGCCGCAGCCUCGGGCCGCCCUGCCCCAGCUCUCGGGCCUGGACCCCAGGCGGGACUACCACUCCGUGAGGAGGCCAGAUGUCCUGCUCCACUCAGCUCACCAUGGCCUUGACUCCGGGAUGGGGGACAGCCUUGCCCUGCACGGCAUCGGGCACCCGGGGAUGGAGGAGGUCCAGUCAGUUGAAGAUGCCAAUAACAGCGGUAUGAACUUAUUGGACCAGUCUGUCAUUAAAAAAGAAAGGCGCUGUCCGUUGUACAAAAGGCAUCGGGGGGCUCUGGGUGAGACACAGGCUCAAACCCGAAAGUUGCCAGUUCCGGUUCCUCCAAAAUCUGUUACUUCUUUGAUGAUGAACAAAGAUGGCUUCCUGGGCGGAAUUUCAGUCAAUACCGGAGAGGUGUUUUGCUCUGUACCUGGCCGCUUGUCCUUGCUUAGUUCAACUUCAAAGUACAAAGUAACUGUGGGAGAAGUUCAAAGACGACUUUCUCCUCCAGAGUGUCUGAAUGCAUCCCUCCUAGGAGGAGUACUUAGAAGAGCCAAAUCGAAAAACGGGGGGAGAUCUUUGCGAGAAAGGCUAGAAAAAAUCGGUUUGAAUUUACCAGCCGGCAGGCGUAAGGCCGCAAAUGUCACUUUACUCACGUCCCUGGUGGAAGGUGAGGCCGUUCAUUUAGCCCGGGAUUUUGGGUACAUCUGCGAAACGGAGUUCCCAGCCAAAGCUGUUUCUGAGUACUUGAACAGACAGCACACGGACCCCACCGACCUCCACUCCAGGAAAAACAUGCUGCUUGCUACAAAGCAACUUUGUAAAGAAUUUACAGAUCUCUUGGCCCAGGACAGGACGCCCAUUGGAAACAGCCGGCCCACCCCUAUUUUGGAACCGGGCAUUCAGAGCUGCUUGACUCACUUCAGCCUCAUCACUCAUGGCUUUGGGGCCCCCGCUAUCUGCGCUGCCCUCACGGCCCUUCAAAACUACCUGACUGAAGCUCUCAAAGGCAUGGACAAGAUGUUCUUGAACAACAACACUGCUAACAGGCACACAUCUGGCGAAGGACCAGGUAGUAAAACUGGAGACAAGGAAGAGAAACACAGAAAAUGAGAGAAAGGGAGAGGAAAAAAAAAAAAAAGAAAGAAAGGAGAAGAAAAAAGUUAAAUAAAUAAAAGGAGAAAAGAGAGAGAUAAUCUUUUAAAACAAAACCGUCUUAAUUUUAGCUUUAAAAAUACUGGAUUGGGCUUUGGAAGAAUUCUAUUAGGUAGGACAAAAUAAUAAUAAUAAUAAAAAAUAAUAAUAAUAAUUAAAGACAUUAAUUUAAGAUCAAAGGAGCACAAUGGCACAAGACCAGUGGUUCAGAGUCUCUUGCCAGGAACAUGUGAAGACAACCACCAGGAUUUUUUCCCCACUUCUAUUCUUUCACAGUUUUUAAAUAAUGAUUUGGGGGGAGGGGAGUAUAAUAAUAAUUAAUAAUAAUAAAAGAAAGAAAUGAAUAACUUAUUGGAAGAAAUUGGAGAAACAUUUUUGGUGUCAGUGCUUUGAUUUCUUAAGCUGCACGGUCUGUCUUGCUAUUACUUUUAUUUUAUUCUUUAAUCUUUUUGUUUAGUUUUUCUGAAUGACAUCCUGUCUCCAUCCUAGCUAACAUGUUCUUCCAGAGCAUUCCUUUCUGAGAAAACCCAUUGUCUCGUUCACCCCAACUCUUCCCAUCUCAUCUCAGCGCCCUGGUUCUGUCUAGACUAGGAAAGGAAGGGAGGCAAGUGCACAGACCUUUCACGAGCCAUCCACCCCAGCCAGUUCGAGCUGCAUUCAUGGCAGCAUCUUAAUGUUAGAUGUCAUUAGAUGGGACAUUUCAAGUCGUUGUAGCUUAGUUGAAUUAUCUAACUCUACUUUUUAAGAACUUUUUUCUUUUUCCUGGUCUAGACAGACUCUCUGUUUAGAUUGCCAGUGUUUACAGGUGUGUAUGGGCAUAUGCACACACAUAACUCGGUAGGGGUGUGUGUGUAUCCUGUGUAUGUUUGUAUAUAUAUGUAUAUAUAUGGAUAUAUACAUAUAUAUAAUAUGUGUGUAUAGCCACACAUAUUCAUGCAUGCAAACAUACCUUUGUAAUUUAGUACUUGUCUAUGAUGGUAAAAUGCUUUGUCUAUAAUGGGUUGCAGAAUUUGAAAUUAAGGUCAGCUCUAUAUGAUUUCUUAAUUUUCUGAGAUAUCUUUUUCUCUAGGGAGUUUUAUAUUCCUAACUAUGUCAAUGUUUCAGUCCUUAAUUUCCUUGAGUACUGUGUGUGAGAGAUAUCUUCCCCCCAUUUUUAAAGAACUGUUAACAACAACAAAAGAUGAGUGAUAUGAGUAUGUAAUUCUUUCUCAGGAGUAUGCACUAUUUUAUUUUCUUCUGUUUCCUAAAGCUUUGCCCGCUUGGCUUAUGAGCUUCUUCAAAGAGGACUAGAGAUCCCUACACAAUAUAUCAGGUACAGAGAAAAAAAAUCCACAAUUCUGAUAUUCUGAUACUUUUCUUUUUUUUUUUUCUUUUUCAAAUCAAAGCCAGUUGUUUCCGAAUUCUGUAGGUGCACUUCUUUAAAGAAGCUCAAAGGGAAUAAUUUGAAUGAGAUAAAAAUAUAAGUUGAAAUCGAGGUGUAAUAUCACAAAGAGAAUAAGAGCUGUGUCAAAUGUUACCGUGCUUGCUUGGCACUAGGGUUUUGCACCCAGGGUGGAAAGGGUUGCCAUGUGGGCUGGCUCCUUGUGAUGGGAGAGGGGAGGGCUUGCCAGGGAAUAUCCUGAUUUCUGAGCUCAGUCUGAAAAAAUCUGUUUCUCUUAGAAAGCUUUUAAAAAAAAAAGUCUUGUGACUCUUGCUUUAGAACAAGUUGGUGUGGUAGGGGGAAAAAGCUUCUUACUGACAAUGUUUUUCUCAGUGGUUUGGUGUCUGACAGGAUGUCUUAUGCAUAUGAUUGGGGGGGUCUGACUGAUUUCCCUUUUUUUUUUUAACAUACAUUUCUUUCUUUGUCUCCUAUGGUAAAAAUGAUGCUGAAGUGUAAGGAUCUGAAUUUCUGUUUGGAUUCUGCUGUAUUGGGUAAUUGCAUAUGUGUUUCUCAGUGGGGUAGGGUUCGUGCACAAACACAUCUUUUUGCUUAUGUCAGAGCAGUUACUGGGUGGGGGUAAAUUUCCUGGAGUUGCUGGCAAAAUUCCAGUGGGGUCAGGCCUCCCCCCAUGAUCCCUGUUAGAGCUGCAGGAAUCGAUCCCACCAGCCCAAGCAGGCACACCUAAACUCAAAACAAGGGGGACAGAGAAACAAAAGAGAAGCCUUAGCCUUGUUUUACUUUCUAGGUACCUUCCAAAGUGGAUGGUGGGCGACAAAUAAUUCAGCAAUACUCUCAACAUCCCCAAACAAUAUUUUCUUAAAACAGAAAAAGCAAAUGAGCCUGUUGACUGACACUGUCAGUAUCCUCAGCUACCUGAGAAAUGGCUGCAGUUGAAGGCCUGCUCUGCUUUUCAAAUCUUCAUGCAGCAAGCUGAAGGUCUCUUGGCUCUUGUUCUCUGCCUGUGACUUGGACACAUGUGUGGCAGUAGAAACCAGGAAUCCUCUGGCCCUCAGGAGCACUAACCCCUCUGGAGCUGCUCCUCAUUUAUGUACCUUUUGUUUUUCUGGGGCAGAGUGCUGUGGGGAAUCUCACGUGAGAAUAAGGGAAAACUGAGGCAGGCAGCCUUCUCCAUGGGCUGCUGGGAUGAGUUUGAGGUAGUUUUCAACCCUAGCAGGUCCAUGGCAGUGGGUUUUGUAGCUGUCAUGUCCCUGCGGAUGCCACUGGAGAAAGUGUAGAUCCCCGAGUGACGUAGAUCUCAUGGAUCCCACACCGGUAGGCUGGGGACCCCAAUAUUGAAAAGCUGCUCCCAGGCAGCCUCUGGUCCUCCAAAGCCGACCCCUUGCCAAUCACACCCAAUUUCAGCAGGGCCCUGGGGAAGGACAAUCCUAGCUGCAGUGCAGGGCAUGCCUCAGUUGGGAUGUGCUGGAAAGGAAAAGGAUAUGUGUACGUGUGUGUAUCUGGGGAGAAAUGAAGCACAUCUCCCUUCUCUACCCAACGGGAACGUUCUGAAACAGAGCACAAAGUGUUGAAUGUUGCUUUGCCUGCCCUCUGCAAAAAGCCUUUGUGGGGAGCACAUGGGUCCAGCCCUGCAGCCUCACCCACCCCAGUGGGGCAUCUGGGGGUGAGGAGACCUCAGGUUAGCUCUCAGCCUUCUGCCUCCCCAACUGUACAUGCAGGAACAUGGGGACCUGCUCCCUCUCACCCCAGAGCUUCCAGCUGAAGGCUUUGGCGGUGAGGUUGGGAAUGGUCUUUCAUUGUCUGUUGUAGGGAUGUUGGGGAUGCUCCUUUUAACUGCAGAAGACAGUAUCCCACCACCACUUUGGGUUAACGAGGAGAGGGUCCCACUUGCAACUUCUUGGGGAAAGACCUGAACAUGCAUGCGUGAGGGCCUGAUCAGGCUGCUGAAAUCUCCCCUAGGCACAGGUUUGGUCACCCGGAGUAGGACCUAAACCUUGAGAAGGUUGAGGGAAGAGUUUCAGUUGACCCCUGUUAACUUUGGAUCUGCCCUUUUUGCCUUCUACCACCAUUCCAAAUGCCAGGCUGUGCUUCACUCGGGUGAAAUAAAGCCAAAUGUAAAAUCCCCAUUGGUUUCAGUGGGAUACCCCUGACUUGUCCCUCAGAGUAUGGAGACAAAAACCACAAGGUUUCUGAUUUAAAUGCAAACAGGAAGAAAACAUGGUGUAGGAGUAUAUCCAUCUCUGUUCUUUCCUGUAGCCCAGUGCUGGUCCCAGAGGGAGUUGCCCAUUGCUCAGUGGCUCCUACCAGUGCUGAGAACUGAGGUCCCCCCCCCAGUGAAACUCAGCCUUCAACCGUAAAGCAUUUUCCUGCUCCUCUCCACUUUCCCAGCCUGGCUACUUGUCAGGCUGGGCACCUCAGACGUUUAUCUGGUAAUUGAGUUAUUAAAAGAUUUGGUUUCCUUGGGAUCAUAAGUCAAUAAACAGGAGGAUUAACACGGCAGCUUUGCUUUUUAACUCAAGGGAAAAGUUUGAGGAGAGACCGUGAAAAGUUUGUUUUCAAAACAAACAGGUGGGUUACUGUAAAUUUUAUUUUAUUCUUAGGUUGUUUUUUUUUUUAAUAACAAUUCUCUAUUUUCUGUUGGAAAGGUGUUUGUUUUCGUAUGCUCCCUGGCUUUUUUAUUUUAUUCCUCUGGUUAGUAUUCACACAAGAUGUGAAGGAAACAAGAAGCCAAUUUUAUAGGAAUCCUUUUACAACCCGAUAAUUUCUUUAGAAUCGGGUCGUGUCUUGUCCCACCUAAUAGAAAUUCUCUGUGAGAAGCUGUUUUAAGUCCCUUUGCACCCCAGACCAACCUCUCCCAAAAAUCCCCAAAUAUUCAUUUGGGGUUGGGAGGGAGAGGGGGAAGGAUGGUUUUAAGACCCUUAGCUGUGCGCAAAGGGCUUAUUGCCUUCCCCUGCUCAUCCCUUUCUGACCAGUUUAUCACACAGACCUGUUUGGCUCUGUUUUAAUACAUUUCUUGGAGAAUUUGGUGCUCAUUUCAGCUGCCAUAAGCGUUGCCAGAUUAAUCCAACCAAACUCCUGCUCCCCUCCAGCUUCCCUCUGUGUGAGAGGCUGUAGGCUUUUUACAAAUAGUAUAUUUUCUUAUACAAAGGGAAAAAGUAAAAGCAAAUAUCCCCAAACACACUGGCAAAUGCCUGAACAUUUUGAGAGAGAUGAAACUUUGUGUGCUGGCAAGAAAUAAAGCAAAAAAACCCCAAAUAGAUGCAAAGCUCUGAAAAAGUGAAUGAGCAACUGGAAAGAUGAAAAAAAAAAAAGAAAAUUCUCCUUUUAUGCCCCAAAUGAUCCCUUUCACCUCCGCUUCUUGAAAAAUCUGACCAUGCAGUGAGAAAUAUCAGUUUAUUGACUCUUCCUGAGAAGAAAUGUGGAGAGGCAUUCAGUAUUGAGUUUGUAUAUAUUUAUUUAUGCUUAAUUUAACGGGAAUGUGUAAAUAUGGCGAGCAAGUAGUUUUUGGGUUAUUUAUCUGUGAAUCUAUACCUCUGUGAAUGGGUGGGGGAAUUUAAAAA